GUCGUCGCGCCGCACGCGAAAAGCGCGUGCGGUCUUUGACUGCUGUGUCAGAAGGAAAAGGAAGAGCUAGAGGGGGCAAUAGGAGGGGGUUGAAGUCCGCGCCAGCGAUGAGACAGUCGGUGUUGUCCGACACUUCUGAUACACGCUGGUCUCGACGUACUUGCAGUAGCACAAGCAGCAGCGGUGGGUUUACCACGGGCGGUCGCCGAAAACGGGCCCUGACGACGCGACCGUCCUCGCCACGCUCUUUUUCUGCCGAUGGGCUGAUGAUGUACUCCUCGGCCGCAUCUGCCUCGGCGAACGAGUCGGACGCGAUGAUGUCGGCGGGUAGCAGCUCUUCCUCUGCAGCAGCAGCAGCAGCAGCGGCACAAGAGCCGACCAUAGAGCCAGCAGCGGCAAGAGUAUCAGCCUCGGCAGCAACGAAGCGGAGGGCGGCGAAGAGAAGGCAGGGGCGGCCGGAGCAGCAGCAGCAGCAACAAUACGUCCCAGGAAUGGCAGCAGCAACAUGGGCGGAGGUGGAACAGCAGGCAGAGCCAGACAAAGACGACGACGAAGAGGAUUGGGCGAGCGGGGGCGCCGCCGCCUUCACCGGGCCCUCGCUCUGGGCCGACAGCGAUCCCGAGUGGAGGGACGCGCCAAGAGCGGACUCGGACGCGCUGUUCGAGCUCAACAUGCAGCUGGCGGCCUACGCGAAGGACGCCCAGUGGGAGAUGGCCAUCAUGCUCCUGAGGCAGGCGCGCGUGCUCUCGAGGAGGAGCAGCGCGGGCAGCGAAGAGGAUGAAAGGAGAGUAGACACAACAGCCACAGUUGUGAGCGAUCUCAAGGAGCAGGAGAAGGAGGAGGAGGGCAAUGACGCGGCGAAGAGAAGGUACGGCGUUCACCCCGGAGGAAACGACAACCUCAGCGUUUCCGUCCCCUAUACCUCUGCUGCGGAGAAGGAGGAGGAGUGGCGGCUGGCGGUGCCGGCUGUCGAACCUAACGUGGUGUCGUACAACAACGUCAUCACGGCCUGCGCCAACGCCAAGAAGCAGAAGAGGGCGGAGGGCAUCUUCCGCGAGAUGACCAAGGAGCGGGGCAUCCGCCCGAACGUCUUCACCUACGGCGCGCUCAUCAGCGCGUGCGCCAAGCGGGGGAACUGGGAAGACUCGGUCAACUACCUCGAGCAAAUGCGUCAGUCCGGGCUUGCACCGAACGCCGUCAUCUACUCUACCGUCAUCAGCGCUUGCGAGCGGAGCGACCAGUGGCAGAAGGCGGUCAAGCUCCUCCGCACCAUGCGGAGGGACGGCAUCCUCCCCGUGACCGUCACCUACAACACCGUCAUCAGCGCCUGCGGCAAGAGCGGGCAGUGGUCCCUGGCUGUGAGCCUGCUGGACGAGAUGUCGGACAUGGGGUGCCCGCCGGGCCCGGUUACCUUCGCGAGCGCCAUGCUGGCCUGCGAGCGAGCGAGGCAGUGGCACCAUGUCCUCCGCAUCAUGGACCAAAUGCAAGAAGAUGAGGUGUGGGUGGACAAGUACGCCUAUACCACCGCCAUCCACGCCGCGGGGCAGCUGGGGAAGUGGGCUCGAUGCGUCCGUUACCUGGACGAGAUGGACUCGAACGGCGUGGCCAAGGACGUGGUGACCGUUAGCGUGGCCAUAAGCGCCUGCGCCGACAAGGGCCAGUGGGCACAGGCGGAGAAGCUUCUGGAGGACAUGCUUGACGACGGUCUCACGCCCAACGUCAUCACCUACACGUCGCUGAUGGUGGUGUUGAGGAGGGGCGGCCAGCACGAAAGAGCCAUCAAGGUUCUCGACCUCAUGAGAUCCAAGGGAGUUAUGCCCAAUGUGCGGACCUACAGCGUGGCCAUAGCGGCGUGCGCGGAUGCUAAGGAGUGGCGGCGGGCCUUGGCGCUCCUUAAGGAGAUGGAGAGGGAGGGCGUGUCGCCCAACGAGGUAUCGUACAACACGGCCAUCCGUGCCUGCGGCAACGCAGGGCAGCUGUCGGAGGCCCUCGACCUCAUGGACGAGAUGGAGAGGAGGGGGGUGAAGGCAUCGGUCGUCACGUACGGGACCGCCGUGGCCGCUUGUCAGAGGGUCGCGGACUGGAAGAUGGCCCUGGAGCUGCUGGCUGCGGUGCGCCGAGAGCAGAUCGAGCCGAACGAGAUCGUGUACGGAGGGAUAAUCAAGGCGUGCUGCGCCGCCGGGCAAGCCUCCAAGGCGCAAGAGCUGAUCUAUCGUAUGAUCGACCUGCGCCUGCGACCCAACACGCACUGCUUCAACGUUGUCAUCAAGGCCCUCGUUGAUGCCGACAAGGUCGAGGAGGCUAUCCAGCUGUUCAACAAGCUACAGGCGCGGAGAAACUGCUCCGUAAACAUCCACUCAUACACCCCUCUGGUGGACGCGCUCACCCGCGAGCUCCGGUGGCAGGAGGCGAUCAUGCUCUUCCAAGAGAUGGAGGACAGAAAAAUCAUGCCCACGGUCCAGUGCUACACCAGCGUAGUUCGAGCGUGCGAGCGGUCGGGACAGUACGAUGUCGCCCUCCGACUCCUGGACGACAUGCGCAAGAAGAGAAUGCGCUUCUACGACAUCGGCAUCCUCGAUGAGCUCUUCAAGAGGCUGCUCGCCGGGCUUUCCCUCCUCAGGGGCCGCGGGGGCCCCGGGGGCGCCAAGGGCAGGGGGGGGGCUCCCAGGCCCGGUGGUAGCCGGGCCCCCACGGGGUCCCCGCCCCUCCCCGCCUCGCAACCCUACGGUCCUGAUGAUGCCAAGGACGAGGAAUGAAGAGGCGGCGAGAAAGCAGCAGCGUAGUUUUUUGGUGCAGGCACAUAUGGAGAGAAAUGAACGAAGCUCGUCGGGAUCGAUGGCGUCGCUGCUGCGCGUUUUGUUUGUUGUGUCCGCCACCACGUUCGAUUUUGUGGGGGUUAAGGAACGGUCCGGCGGACACGCCAACAAUUGAUUGUAUAUUUCAUAGAUGGCCCUGUCUCGGUGAAGGGAAGAUGUCAGUGCGGGUGGGUGGGUGCGUGCGUUUGUUCGUUGUUUGUUGUGUACGAUUCUGAUUUGAUUUGAUGUAACAGACAUGCCCGAGAGAGACAAGAGAGACAGAGCGACAGACAGAGAGAGACAGAGAGGCAAGUAGACAGAGGUCUUGUGUGCCACCUGUGUGCGCGACACCGAGACAAGAGACAGAGACAUGAGAGAAACAGAAGCAGCAGGCAGACCAGAGAAACAAAAAAUCGGUCGGCUAGUAGCAGUCUACCAGUCCGUAGAUAGACGAGUGACAGGCAACGGCAUCUAUGCAUCUCUGCCCCCAAGCUUCGAGAAUUCACCCAGACUUGGUCAAGAGUUGGAGGCGUGGCACGUUGCUUGGUGUUUGUCCCUUUGCAACCGCUGUCUGCCCCUGGCCUGGUUCCGUUGUUCGAAUCCAGGAAAAUCAUUAUUGGUGUCGCCUUGUUGUCGAAGCGACGCGAAUUUGGCUGUUGACCGCCGGGCAAUCUCGGGAGUUUUGUUAGGUUUGGCUUUGGAGAGGCGCAGAAAAGUGGAAUGCAUUGAACAGGGUAUCCGAGCGACAGCACGGUGUAACGUUGUGGUCAUCACAGGAAACAUACAUGUCUCGGACGUGCGAAAGCAACACUCGACGACAGCAAGGGUGAUUGAUCUGGAAGGGCCGGAGCACAGCCUUUCCUGUGGCAUCCAUGUCUCCCCGGUGGUCUAGUUGGUAUCCCCGAAACCUUCUAUUUAUAGUUUAGGUUGGGGGUUCGAAUCCCGGCGUAAGCGAGCUU